UCGUCCGCUGCCCAGCGGCAGCCGCGACAGCGACGACGGUGAAAGCGGCGGCGGCGGCGGUGGCGGCAAUGUGGCCUUCCCGUACCUGCGCACCUCCGUCGGACCGAUUCCACACCUGACCCGGAAAGAAAUUUCUCCUCAGCGGAGUCUUGUCGGAUAACGCUUUUGCGCGCUGCCGUGCGGCACCCAAUCACACUGCCGCCGUAAGACAUCGCGUAAGACGCCUUCUCUGCGUUACCUCGUUCUCAUCACCCGCGGGUACGCCACGCUCGCGAUAUGCUAAAUCGGAGCACCUCAAGCGCGACGCGGAUGGCGGUCGCUGUCGCGGCGAUCGUGGCGCUACUCGCGCGCUCUGCGUGCCGCGCGGAGCUGGACAAGAGGCAGCUGGACCUUCUCGACAAGGCCGACAGGAGCAAUAUCGCGCCCGACCUGAUCGAGACCAUUCCGAGGGCCAUCUUCGAGGCGCGCUUCAAGGCAGGCGAGGUAGCCAUGGGCAACCAGUUCAGCACGCAGCAGGCGUCCGCCCCACCGCCGUUCGUCGAGUUCCCGAGAACCGCCGGCGGGGUGUACGCCAUCGCCAUGGUGGACCUGGACGCGCCCAGCGCGAGGGACCCCAAGUUCCGGCCCAUCCUCCACUGGCUCGUCAUCAACGUGGAGGCGGGAGACGUCAAGGGGCCCGUCAACUACAAGAAGGGGAACGAGCUGUACAAGUACCGCCGCCCCAAGCCUCCGAUGGGAUCGGGUCGGCACCGGUACGUCUUCCUGGCGUACAAGCAGUACAGGACGAUCGAGGCGCCUCAGACGCUGGUCGUGCCGUCCGACAAGAGGAGGAAUUUCAACAUUGGCAAGUUUGCCAAAGAAAACAACCUGGGCAAUCCCAUAGCGAUAAAUUACUUUCUCGCCGAGCAAGGAUACGUGGACGCAUACACGCCGAUGUUAUCCUGGGUGAUGGUCGUCACCGCGGCGAUCACUGGAUUCGUCUGUCGCCUCAUGUUGAUGUAGAACGGAGGUCAGUGUGCCAUCGGACACUCCCGGUGCCACCGUUUCGCUGCGAACACAGCGUGCAAGUGUAUAGACGUGCUCUGCGCAAAUUAGGUCACGUGGCAGUGGGCGGCUUGCAAUGCAGCCGUCGAGCUGAGCCGAGUGCUGUUUGUUAGAGAGAGUCACGACAACGUUAGUGGCGGGGUGCACCGCGGUGACGUGAUGUGCCGGGAGUGAGUGUACUGAGCACAACGUGCUGGAACAGCGUCAACAACAACAACAAAAAAAAACGAUGAUUGCGGUGGACUUGCUCUGGUGAAGAACUUAUAGCAAGAAAAGGAGAAAAUUUCCCGCCGCCUGUUUCACCGUCGUGCCCUUGUUUCUGCUGUCGCAAAAUUUUCGAAACUAAGCGCAAGAUUAAUAAAACACUGUCUUUGGACCUUUUCUCAAC